AUAAGAUGCCUUCUCUUUAGUGCGAAGUUAAGAUAACGUAACCAGGCUUAGUGAACGGAUGUGCAGUAACCAAGAACAAAUUCCACGUUAGCGUUUUUGUUAUUUAGACGUUUAUUGACACCGUGGAACUCAAAAUAUGACAGUAGCAGCACUCACUUGCCUCAGGUAGUCUUUAAUUCGCGUUGGAGACGGAACUUGGUUGAUAGAUGUUAUCUAGCUAGCUAGCUGCCUGCUAACAACAAUGGCGGACUGUAUGGUUUUUCACACUCAAAUAGCCUCCGUCAUGGAGAUGCUAGCAAAUGCAGCUGUGGCAGAGAUCUGUAAACUUGUGGACGACGACUAUGCAGUGUUUAGAUUGGAAAUAACUCAAAGCCAGAAAGAAAACAGGGGAUUGCGGAGGAAACUACAGCUCUUGGAACUGAAGGUGGCACGGGAGCGCGCAGAAAGGACAAUUAGAGAGCGCGUCCUCGCCAGUCGUCCCAAUAGUGUCAAGAUACUCGACCGAUACAGAGGAAUUGCAAGAGGUACAUUUAGCAUUCGGCUGAGGGGAGUGUCGCCUCUGCACAUGUGUUACCCAGAAUUGGGUAUUGGCGAAGGACAUCUCGCUGGAGGCCACAGGAGCUUUGUGAAGCCAGCGGGACACAAUACAUGGAGAGAUGACCAACCCACAGCUAUAGGUGAAGGAAAUGGAACCUCAACCCAGGACGUUAUUGUGAUAGAGUCUGCAGAGGUUGCAGGUCCUGGGGUCAAGCAGGAGAGGAAUGAAGGAGAGGAGGACCCACAGCACAGCAGAGACAUCCAGUCUGGAGCAGUGGCUGGAGUGGCGCACCCUGUAGUUACGGAAGACCUCGCCACCGCUGCAGCGCCCCAGACCAGGACCGGACGCAGCAUCACGGAGGAGGAGGAGGGUCCAGAGGUGCUGCUGGUGAAGGAGGAGGGGUGUGAGGAGGGUCUGGGGAACCCUGAGGGGACCAUGGUCAUGGAGGACAACCAGACUACACCUCCUGAACCCACAGAGGAACCAGCUGAGCAGCACAGGACCACACACAGUCUCACUGAGUCAGUAGACAUGGAGGAUGGGAAGCCUGAUCUGCUGCUGGUCAAAGAGGAGACGAUAGAAGACGAACCAGAGAGCAUUGACCUGCUGAGUGGACUAAAGAUGGGGGAGCAAGGUUGUUGGCUGGAGGAUAACAGAGGAAAAUGGGCGGCCAUCAUGGAUUCCCAGACCGGGACCAAGCAGGCCAGGACCAGAGGUGACAUAGUGGAGGUCAGUGGAUGGGACAGCGUCCUCAACUCUGGGCUGGGGAACAACAUUGUUAAUCAGAAACAGACAGUUGAACACAAAACAACAUCUGAACUUAGUCUCCAUGACAACAGACUGGCUGAGACCAGGGCAAGGCGUAGAUUUGGUCUCCAUGGAUGUGGAGGUGUCUGUAUACGGCUGGAGAGAAUAGACGCAGACUUGGCUAGCGAUGCUCCGUCCUGCUCCUAUAGUUGUGAUUCAGAGAGACUGAUGGCGCCUCAGGUUAACCCGCUAACAUGUGCUGCCUUCAGCCUGCCUUCUAUAGGAUCUAUCAACUGGAACAUGGACCCUGAGACAACACAGACAGUCCCUGGCCUUCAUCCUCCUCACACUCUCCUAUUGUUAAACCAGACCUCAGACAAUGCCAGUGUCUCAACACCAAAUGGCAACACAAGCACAUUGACAAAUGACAGUAGUAGAGACGGAAUCACUAAAGGUGGCAGCGCUAAAGAGAAGCGCUUCCCGUGUUCGUUCUGUGGGAAAACCUUCAGUUUCCCCAAUCAGGUGAAGAUCCACCAGAGGAUGCACACAGGGGAGAAACCAUUCGGGUGCCACUUGUGCGGGGACAGCUUCUCCUAUUUGUCGAGCCUGAAGAGGCACCAGAGAGUCCACACAGGGGAGAAACCAUACAGCUGCCCCCAGUGUCAGAAACGGUUCUCCCACCAGCACCACUUGAAGAUACACCUGAAGAUCCACACGGGAGAGAGGCCGUUUGCCUGUACGCACUGCGGGAAGAGGUUUUCAGAGAGGAGCUACCUCAGGAUACACCAGCAGAAAAUGCACACUGCCCAUGUAUAGAGUAUUGUGACAUGUAAUGUAGCUAGUUUGUUUGUAGUUAAUAGCUAGUUUGUUUGUAGUUAAUUAUGUUGGUUGUGGAUGUAUAAGGAACUGGAUGAGGUGACCUGAGGAAAGAAUGAGUAUGAUGAGGCAGAGUAGAUGAUAUGGUGAUGGUUGGUGUGAUGGUGUCUGUAAAAAUGCUUCAAUGAUGAAAAGGUUGAUAUUGGUAUGAAAUAAUGAUAGUGUCUUAAUUGAUGUUUACUUGUCAUGAAGUAGUGAAGAUGUGUGAUGUUGAACCUUUUCCAAAGUCUUCUAAAAUUAAUUUGUUCAAAGCGAGUCUACCAGAUUUAAGGAAAAGGUCAUGAGAAAAGUGAUUAUACUUGUCACAUGUAUUGUUUUGUGUAAUAAAAGUACUGUACUUCA